UUUUCGGACACACCGCGAGUGGAGUAUUGUGUGUAGGUUAUAUGUGUCACUGACAAGGAAUCAACUCCAAAUAUGGCAAGCGAUAAAAAAACUGAAAAACCUCAAACAAAGGUUGGAAAAGCGAACGAAGAGAUUCUCGCUGUUUUCCAGACUCUCCGAAAUGAUCAGAGAUUAAUGGCCAGCAAGUUUUCAGAGAUGGAAAUGGAGUUGAACGAGCACAAAAUUGUCAUCGAUACACUCAAGACUGUGGAUCCCAAGAGGAAAUGCUACAGAAUGAUCGGGGGAAUUUUGUGUGAGCAAGUCGUCGGGGAGGUCCUACCAACUCUCGUAGCCAAUAAGGAGCAGUUAACGAAAGUAAUAGCAUCACUUCACGAUCAGUUGGCGAAGAAGGGCAUCGAAAUAAACGAAUACAAAGAGAAACACAACAUAAGGAUACGUGGAAUAGACGAGCUACAGCAGACAGAGGAAGAGUCAAAGGAGACCAAUGAUUCGAAGAGAAAUGCACUUGUGGGCAAUUUCCUGGAGGCUUAAUUUGAUAAAUGAUACUCAUCUAUUAAACAUAUUUUCAUUAAACUCAGAUACCACAAUUCAGUGCAUUUUUCACUGUCUCUCGAAGUCACAUUUUCUCUCGCGUCGGAUAUUAAACAAUGCAUUUACUAAU